AUGGCCGUAAACAACUGGGUCUGGGUUGGCCCGCUGUCCCUGCUCGUGGCGCUGUCGGGCAUCUUGUACGCGUACCCAUACCCGGUGCUGAAUCUGUACGGUGGACGGGCGACGGACGCAAAGAUCCAUACGACGUGGCUGCAUCACGGGCCGGUGAACAACGACAAGUGCUGGACGAAUUCUCUAUCUACGGACGGAUGUAUAUGUGCUGACCAUGUUCGCCAAACAACAACAGUUGGUCAAGCUUGCGAGGACGUGCGAAUCCAUCAUGACUCGGCGACGGCGUUCCUAGCAUGCGGCUAUCCCGAGACGCGAGAGGCGUUUUAUCCGCCCAUGAACCGCCACGACACCGAGAGCGCGGCCACCUACCACGAGUACUUUGUGAAAUACGACAUCAAGGUGCGUAAUGUCAAUCACAAACAAAACCCGUCUUCCUUGACCAUCCCGGGGGCGGAGGGUUCAAAGCUUCAGGACCAACAGACUGACAAGAAUCCACAGACAGACAAGGCGACCAAGAUGAAGAUCGAAGGCCUCGACUCGUCGCACGACCUGAUCUUGCACGGCAUUGAUCUCUACCUGCCAAAGGACGACAAAUCAAAGAUCUACAUCUUCGCCGUCAACCACGACCGCAAAGGCGAAGCCAUUGUGCUCUUCUCUCACAAGCUCGGGACCGACGUGUUGACGUACGAGCGCGAGUUCCGACACCCGGCCAUCAAGACGCCCAACGCCGUCGCGGCGACGAGUUUGAGCUCCUUCUUCAUCACCAACGACCACUACUUCUACGGCGGCGGGCCCCUGGCGACCAUCCUCCGCAGCCACGAAGACCACUGGGGCCCCUGGAAAUGGGCCACCGACGUCGUCUACUGCAACGCCUCGUCGUCGGACAUUGACUGCCGCACCGUGUCGCCGCCGAACGCGCACCCGAGCGCCAACGGCGCGCUGCUGGUCGACGACGGCAAAACGCUUCUGAUCAAUGACGUGGUCGAGGCGACGACGACCGUCUACGACGUCGACCCGGACACCAAGGUGUUGAGUGUGCGCAAGAAAGUCCAACUCGGUGCGGGCGCGGAUAACCUGUCGCUGAUACCGGGGACGGAGGAUAUAGCAGUUUGCAUCUUCCCUGACGUCCCCUCCCUGAUCCACCGCCUGAGCGGCGAACACCUCCUCGACACGAACCUCAAGGGCGAGGCCGCCAUCCUCCGCCUCGUCAAGGCCCGCGACUACGAGCCCGAGCUGCUCUACUGGGACGACGGGUCGCUGAUCACCGUGCUGACGGGCGCGGCCGUGGAUCCCAAGCACGGCAAGAUCAUCGCGGGCGGCGUGGUCGAGCGGCAUUUUAUCGUGUGUGAUGUCAAUGUCUAA